UUUUGAAUUUCCGUCCUACUCCCAUGGCACAGUAAGGUCUAAGCCGUAACAGCUGUUACUUGCAGUCUUUAACGUUAUACAAUAAUUUCUAUAGUGAAUAAAGUAAGAGAAAUUAACCAGAUCUAAUGACGUUUCGAGAAUCAGUACGAAAACUAUAGUGGGUUGCGAUAUAAUCUCCGAGAUAUCGAUUUCGCACUUGGUGAUUCUGUUUAUUGUUUUACGCUGUUUUCGUAGGAUUUUUGGUUAGAUUCAGUGGCUUAAGUGACAAAAAUCGAUAGCAGAUUGGUAUUUGCUUCAAGGACAUUAUCUUGACGUCAGAAGUCUACUUGUCUUCGGCUACCCAAGCGUAAAAGAUGGCCGGAGGAGGUGAUCCAAAAUGGCAGAAAGAUGCUGGCGACCAAAAUUUCGACUACAUGUUCAAAUUGCUGAUUAUUGGAAACAGUUCUGUUGGGAAGACUAGUUUUCUAUUUCGCUACGCGGACGACUCGUUUACAUCAGCGUUUGUGUCUACUGUGGGCAUUGAUUUCAAGGUGAAAACGGUGUUCCGACACGACAAACGUGUUAAACUUCAAAUAUGGGACACAGCAGGUCAAGAACGCUACCGUACAAUUACAACUGCAUACUACCGUGGAGCGAUGGGCUUUAUUCUCAUGUAUGACAUCACUAACGAAGAAAGUUUCAACAGUGUACAGGACUGGGUGACGCAGAUAAAGACUUACUCGUGGGACAAUGCUCAAGUCAUUCUGGUCGGCAACAAAUGUGAUAUGGAGGAAGAACGUGUCAUCAGCCAAGAACGUGGCAAGCAGCUCGCUGACCAGCUCGGCGUUGAGUUUUUUGAAACGAGCGCUAAGGAGAAUGUUAAUGUCAAGACUGUGUUCGAGCGACUAGUAGACAUUAUCUGUGACAAGAUGUCUGAGAGCUUGGAUUCGGAACCACAGAACAUGUUGGCUGGUGGAGCUCGAGGCCAGAAGCUCUCAGAGCAGCCCCAAGGAAACAACAAUCCUAACUGUAACUGUUAAUAAUACUAAACAAAACCUCUCAUUCCUGCCUUGAAAAUACUGGAAUUGAUAACAAAAUUAUAAUUCACUUAAUCCUCCGCAAACAUUCGUCCAGUAUCUUCAAGGGUUAUUUUUAUAAAAAUUAUUUUUUAUAUUUCAGUAAACACUUUUACUUUAAUGAUUUUAGGUUAGUUAAAAUUGAGUAUUAGCUUAGAUCUUAAGUAGCCACUAUUUAUUGGAGCUGGAGUAGGGAUCUGAUACUUGUGUAUUUAAUAUGUUUUAUUCUAAGAUGUUUGCAAUUUUCAAUAUAACCGUGCUUUGUGUUUGAUUUGCAUCGACGUGUAUGUAUAAAAUGUUAAAUGCGCGUAUGACUUGGCCAUCGGACCAAAGUUUCAAAGAAAUGGGCGCAAAGUAUUUUUAGAAGUAAUUUAAAAGUUGAAGGCGUUUAAACAUAUUUUUGCGUAGAUCUUUCCGCGCUAUAGUAGAGAUUGCCACACAUCGACUCUCAUAUAAAUCGCAGCCAACUAGCUAAAUUAGCCGUUCAAUCAACAGCCUUGCCUGCUAACUAAACAGCGCCGUUUAACUACAGUUGAUUAGCUAGACAAAUGACAUGGAUCGAUGACUGUUGACUGUUAAUUUAAAAUUAGUUCCACUUUCUGCUACUCUCAAACUUGAAAA